AUGAUUCAAACAGCAAUCCUCCUUCUCGCACUUCUUAACAACGCAACCGCCCAUCCUCUCAUUAAGCGCGACGAAUACGCAAUCCCAGAGACCGUCAUCAUCCUCCUCAUCAUGCUAGGCGCCGGUAUAUGUGUUUGCGUCGGCUAUGCCAUAAACGCGACCUUUGGUUUCAGGGAGGACGGCAACGGCAUGAAGCCGAUGACGCCAGAACAACAGGAAUACAUGGCUCAGGUUCGGGUUACGAACAUGAAUGGAUUGAUGGCGGAGGGUGCGAGAAGCCAUCGAGGUGGACUGAGGAGAGGGGAAGUGGUGUAUGAUUAG